AUGUACUGUGCGUUUAUUGACUGCAUGAGGGAAGUUGAUGCCACAUGGCCCGUCUGCGAGGGGCCAGGAACAGGCGUUCCUGGCUCCCUGAGAUCUACGGUGCCUGGGCGGGAGUGUACAAGUUUUCCGGCCACCCUUAUUUGCAAACGGGUGGCUCUCUAUAACUCCCCCGCUAGACUCUUGGCAGUGGGGCGCGAAAACAAUUGUUGUGUGUUUCAAGGUCAGUGGAAUUUCGAGACCGACUGUAUUCUUCACAAUUCGCUAAGAGAUGGUUAG